UUUCCUCCUCUCUCUAGAAAACCCAUUUCACCGCCUUCACUUUGGGGGGUUUCCCUUGAACUCCCCAUUUCCCACCAUUUUUACCUAUCCCCCCUAAUAUCAUCUCCUCAUCCUCCUGGUAAGGCAUCUGGCCUCCUGUAAACCACCCCUCGCAUUUUCCCUUUGCAUUGAUCAUUGUCAACAACAACAACAACAACAACAACAACAACAACAACAACAACGAAUUAUCAUGUAGAUAAAUAGAAGGAAAAGAUCCAAGGAGGAGACUAUCUAGGAGGUGAUAAGGCGAUGAAAACGUGCCUUAGAUCUUCCCCAAAAAUACCAUGGAGGUUACCAUUAUUAUUAUUCAUUGCUUUUAUUUUCCUAUGUUCAAUAGUUGAGGUAUGUCAAGCCAAACCCAAACCUAAAGCCAAAGACAAAGACAAAGACGUGGAUGAGUUUGGUGAUCCGAAAACAGGUUCUGAUGCCUUUGGAGGAAGCUCUGGUUCUGGAGGACCCCCUGGACCUCCAAAGAUCCCCAAAGAAGCCCAAAGUUGUGAUGGUAUUUACAUCUCCUACAACUUCUUAGGGCGUGAGAAAGAGUACCCUCAUGUAAAGAACACGACAGCCCAAUCGUGGGCCUUUAAGUCUCAACUGCAGCUCGUGAACAUGGGGAUUACCGAGCUCAAGACAUGGAAGGUCUUUGUCGGGUUCCAACAUAAAGAGCUUUUGGUGUCGACUGAUGGAGCUGUUUUGGUGGACGGGGAUGAUUUUCCUGCCCAAGUUGGUAUCAAUGGUACCACUAUUGCAGGGUAUCCACAAGCGGAUCUCAAGACCUCCAUCGAUACAGCUGGAGAUUUUACCCAGAUUGCGGUGCAGGUUGGCCUUAAGGGCACUCAAUUUGGGGUCAAGCCUCCAGGAAUCCCAAUGCCUAAGACCAUUAAGCUUCAAAAUGAUGGUUUCAAGUGCCCUGCUCCCUCUAAACGCAAAAGCAACAUCUAUUUAUGUUGUCGGAAAGACAAGAAGUUCAAGGUGAACAACAGGCUGAAGUACACAAAAAAGAAAGCCGGUGACCUGAACAUUAUGUACGAUGUGUUGCAAACAAGCGGUAACAACUACAUGGCGCAAGUAACAAUGGACAACGAUCACCCAUUGGGUCGCCUAGACCAUUGGAAUUUAACAUGGGAGUGGAUGAGAGGAGAAUUCAUUUCCACAAUGCGGGGCGCCUUUACCCACCUCAAGGAUCCGGCUCAGUGCAUUUAUGGGCCUGCAGGCCAAUACUACCAGGAUAUGGACUUCACUCAAGUGAUGAACUGUGAGAGGAAUCCAGUAAUAUCUGACUUGCCUGCUGAAAUGAAGGAUAAUGAGAAGAUAGGCAAGUUGCCUUAUUGUUGUAGGAAUGGCACUGUGUUGCCCAAGAUUAUGAAUGAGACCGAGUCAAGAUCUAUUUUCCAGAUGCAAGUGUUUAAGAUUCCUCCCGAUAUGAACCGUACUGCUCUCUACCCACCCCAAAAUUGGAAGCCCACGGGUGUUCUCAACCCCAACUACAAGUGCGGCCCUCCAAUACGAGUCGAACCCUCAGAGUUUCCAGACCCCAGCGGAUUGCAGGCUACUGUUUUGGCAAUAGCAAGCUGGCAAGUGGUGUGCAACAUAACCCGUCCAAAGGAGAAGCAAAACAGAUGUUGUGUGUCAUUCUCGGCCUUCUACAACGAGUCAGUGGUGCCAUGCAACACCUGUGCUUGUGGGUGUGACAACCUUCCAGAAGAUAGACAAUGCAGCACCAAAGCACCCGCCAUGCUCCUCCCCCCCGAGUCUUUACUUGUGCCCUUUGAUAACCGGACCGACAAAGCCGUUGCUUGGUCAAAGAUCAAACACUAUCAGACAUGGGACCCAUUGCCCUGCCCUGACAAUUGUGGGGUCAGUGUCAACUGGCACGUCGAUGCAGACUAUAAAAGCGGGUGGACUGCCCGCAUGACCAUCUUCAACUGGGGUGACACUGCCUUUGAGGAUUGGUUUGUUGCGGUUCAGAUGGGAAAGGCAUCACAAGGGUAUGAUAAGGCCUACUCUUUCAAUGGGACAAUGUUGAAGGACCUGAAUGACACUAUAUUCUUGCAAGGAUUGAAGGGGCUAAAUUUCCUGAUUGCUGAGACAAAUGGAUCCAAACCCAGCGACCCAAGGGUGCCCGGGAAGCAACAAUCUGUCAUUUCCUUCCACAAGAAGCUAAAUUGGCAUCUCAACAUUCCUGCAGGUGAUGGGUUCCCCAAAAAGCUACUCUUCAAUGGGGAGGAAUGUGCACUGCCUAAUUUUGUUCCAGAAAAGAGUGGAGGCAUCCCAUCAAAACGGACGAAUACUAUCAUUACUUUCCUCUUCACUUCUAUCAUCACCUUAUUCUUGGUGAGAUAACUGCAGAUAGGUUCCGUUUUAUUUGAUUGAUUGGACAAAUGUUAAUGAAAAAUGCAAGUAGAUCAAAAUGAGGUAUUCUCUAACUAAUGUUCUCAUCCACUCCAACCAAGAGUAAGCUAUCAUAUGCAAGGGAAAAUGUCUAUUUUUGUUAAGUUCCAGAAAUUCUACAUCUGUCAUACAAGUCGAGUGGUGGUGGAUGUUGGUGAGUGUUUGAGGUGAAUUAGGUCGAUAAUUCUUAAGCUUUGUACUUGAAGUUAUCUGAUUUCCAUAUAAAACACAAAAUUUUCAGAAAGAAGAAAACACAUAGCACCUCGAAAAUUUUGUAAUAGGGGCAGAUUACGUCUCCUCUCAGUUUUCUAUGCGUUAGAAGAUGAAGAACGUAUUAUAUCAA